AUGGAGCGGCAGCAUAGUCGCCGGCGCAGGUUACACCACCAUGAGGAGGCAAGCUUUCGAAAGCCCGUCACACCACCUCGGCUGGCUCGGCCUAUACAGUCAUGGUUCCUGAUGGGGACUCUUGUCGCGUGCCUCUGGGUCAUGGCCAUGUACGUCUAUGGAAUCAAUUUCCAUACCCCUUGGUCGAGACUGAGCAUCCCCGUUCACACGCAUACCGCACACGAUCCCUCGGUGAAAGAUCGUCCUCGCAUCGAGCUUCAUCCUGAAGACCAUGUGUAUCGUGAACCAGUCACACGCCACCUGGACUGGCGGAUAUCCAAGGAUGAUCGAAGACCCGACGGUGUGUUGAAACACAUCUAUCUGAUCAAUGACCUCUUCCCGGGCCCAACUAUCGAGGCUCGCUCGGGCGAUACGCUACUCAUUACUGUGACUAAUGCCGUCGAAGACGAGUCCAUUGCUCUCCACUGGCAUGGAAUCCAUAUUGCCAAUGCCAUGGAUGGCGCAGUGGGCAUCUCGCAGUGCCCCGUCGUUCCCGGUGCAUCAUUCGUGUACAAUGUCACCAUUCCUGUCGAUCAAAGUGGAACCUUCUGGUAUCAUGCUCAUGCGGGUGUUUCCCGUGGCGACGGCCUAUACGGUGGGCUAGUGGUGCAUGCACCAGCGGCGAGAACUACCGUCCGAGGUCUUUUGACUGGUGCCCGAAGGGACCAGGAGCGCUUUCGAUACGACCGGGAGCUGCUACUCCUUAUCGGAGACUGGUAUCACAGGCCUGCACACGAUGUAUUGGCUUGGUAUAAGACACCUGGAAAUUUCGGCAACGAGCCUGUCCCAGACUCGCUGUUGAUCAAUGGCGUCGGUCAUUUUGAUUGUGGCAUGGCAGUUCCAGCUCGACCUCUGGAUUGCAUCUUGCAGACGGCUGAUACCUCUUUCCUGGAUGUCGAUCCAGAUGUCACGUAUCGUGUCCGUGUGGUGAACACUGGCGCACUAGCUGGAUUAUCACUCGUCUUUGGCCAGGAGAAUAUCGACCUGAUCCAGGUGGACAGUAUAGACGUGCAGCAACCUCCACUGCAGAAAGUCAACUCAGCAGGCGUUCUCUUCCCCGGCCAGCGCAUGGACUUUAUCCUCCACUCGGCUUCUCAUUCGAAUUCGUCAUCUGCCAUGACGGUCAAGCUCGACGAAGGAUGCUUCAAAUACAUCAACCCUGCACUGACACCCGAGCAAACAUUCCCUAUCCGCUAUCGCCCAAGCACUGCCCUCGACAACAGCGCGACCCAAACACCUGUAAUCCGAAGGUCCAUCCAUCUGGACCAAGUCCCAUCCGCACCGUCAAUACUCCAACAUCUACCCGCAAAGGCCCAGCAGACUCACGUUGUUUAUACCAAGAUACAAAAACUGGCUCGUAACCAUAAUAUCCCCGAGGGCUAUUUCAACCAGACCACAUGGCAGCCUCAGAGUGAGCCGCCGAUUCCGUUGAUAGGCCUGCCUCGCGAGCAGUGGGACUCUAACCAGUUUGCCUUUUCCACGGGGUCGGAAGCUCUCUGGGUGGAUCUUGUCGUGAACAAUCUCGAUGAGGGUCCGCACCCAUUCCAUUUGCACGGCCACCACUUCUACAUCCUCACCGUCCAAGCCCCAUCCUACGGUUGGGGCUCCUACAACCCCUUCACAACCCCCCUCCCACCAGGUCUCGAACCCGAACCCGAUCUCGAUCCCGCCACAGAAACCAACGACUCCACCGCCGAAGCACCACCCUACCAACCCUACGACCUGUCCCGCGCCUCGCUCCGAGAUACAGUCCUCAUCCCGAGUAGAGGGUACGCCGUCCUUCGAUUCCGCGCCGAGAACCCGGGCGUGUGGCUGUUUCACUGCCAUAUUCUGUGGCAUUUGGCGACGGGAAUGGCCAUGUUGGUGGAUGUUAUGGGGGAUCCGGCGGGGCGAGUCGCGCAUGAUGUGGCUUUGCAGGGGAUGGAUGGUGAAAGGGGAAGAUGUAGUAUGAUUUGA